CAGUCAGUCAGACACAUAUAUCCCGAUCCCCCCCUAUAUUAGACAUGUUGUCGCCAAGUAUUUACAGUGUUUGCAAUCAGUUGCACAAUAUCUUAGACCAGGACAUCAAACUAUCGUUGCAAUUAAACAACCGGCGAAAGUCGUUAGUGUUGCAAAUGAUACGUGACGGAAAUACCCAAUCGUUUAUCAAUGCCAUCGAAUCGGCCGUCGAGUACAAGAAAGUGAUCCACAGGUCAUCAUCCGGUGAUGAAAACAAUAACAACAAUAAGACAAUCAAUAGAUGUACUGAUGAACAGAUGAGACAGUUAUGUUACGCCAAACUUAAUGCCAGUCCUGUAGACUCAUCCCCGACAACGACAACUACACCGCCAAUACUUACCAGAAAUAUGAUUGAUAUCAUUGGCAAAGAUAUCGGACAAGACAUUAACUACCCGUCCAUCGAUACCAGUAAUGGUGACGGACUUCGUAUAAUGUCUUGGAAUAUCUGUUCCGAAGCAUUGGCCAUCAAUUAUGACCGAUUUGAGACAUUACCAGAGGAUCAGCUAAGAUGGUCGUCAAGAAUCUGGAAGAUUGUAUUAGAAAUAGUCAACUACUCGACCAUUGAUGUCAUUUGUAUGCAAGAGGUCGACUGUUUUGACUACCUGAUCAGUAUACUAAGCCAACUGGGCUAUGGCGGUAUAUUUGUACCGAAACCCGACUCGCCAUGCAAUUAUAUGGCCAACAAUUCGGGACCCGACGGUUGCGCCAUAUUCUGGCGUACCGAUAGGCUAGACCUAAUCAAAUACUCCAAACGUAUUUUGCGUGUCUACUCCUAUAAGACCAAUCAAGUGGUACUGACGGCUACAUUCAAACAUCGCCUAUCGGGACGGUAUGUUUGUAUAGCCAAUACUCACCUGAAAGCCAGACGCGGACCUAUACUAUCGGCCUAUCGUAAUGAACAAGGCAAAGAUCUACUAAAAUAUUUGUUGAAAAAAUCAAAACAUAUGCCGUUAGUUGUUUGCGGCGAUUUUAAUGCCGAACCCCAGGAACAGGUCUACAGGCACCUGACGUCUACCACAUCCUCAGUGUUGUCAUCGGUUUAUAGGCAAGCCUUGGGUUCGGAACCGGCAUUCACUACAUGGACUAAACGUCAGGGCGAACGACAAUUGAAGAAAACAUUGGACUAUAUAUUUGUCCGAAAAGAUUGUUUUUCAGUUAAAUCUGUACUAUCAGUGGACAGUAAGCUAUUGACUAAACCUAUACCUAAUCCCUGGUAUCCGUCCGAUCACUUGUCUCUGGUAACGGAACUGACAUUUAUCGACAAAUAAGUCAAUCAAUCAAUCAAUCAUUCAAUCAAUUAAACUAAAAAAAAAUAAAUCAAAACAUAACUUAUUAUUAUUUC